AUGUUCUCAAAGUGUCUGCUUCUGCUUUUGCUCGCCGAGGCAACACUCGGCAUCCGAGUCUUCCUACAUCCUGCGCCAUCUUCACGCUCAAGCUCGUCCCUGACUCCAGCACAAGCACGAGCUGUCGUUUCGCACCAUCUCGGUCUUGAAGCCUUUGACCCUAUCCAGGAUGUGAAGGGUGUAGAACAAUUCGUUUCUGGGGAGUUUGUUGGAAAGGGCACUGAGAAUGCCCUUUUAGUGACGCUUAGCGAGGACGUUGCGCGUGACGUGAUUCCGUCUACUGUCAAACAAUCCUUCUUGCUUCCAAACCCACCGUCGGUCGAAGCCGAAGUAUCUUCUGUCGUCUCGUCCUAUCUUCAGCGCUCGCAACACGUAUACACAACCAUAUUCUCUGAAGCGCCACUCGACAUAGCACCUCGUCUACUCAUCGAUGUCUUCACCGCUCACCCGUCCGAAGCUACAGAACUUUUCUUCUCCGAGACUUCCCAGCUUGUCGCAUUCGUCGAGUCAGAAGAGACAGAUUCCUUUGGUGCUUUCUCUCUCAAGGGAAUUUCACAACUCCUGGAUGUGUACGGUCGAGACAGCGAGCUGUACCAACUGGCGGCAGAGACAACACGCGCAAUCAUUGAAUCAGCACUCUCAAAGCCGUCUUUCGCUCUCGCUAUCCUCACGUACCCGACUGUGCCGACGCAGGUGCACGCCGCGCGUCAACAACCUCCUCAGUCACCUCUCCCGCCAUACGCGACACCCUCGCCGCAACUUCCUAUCGGCGGUGUCUCGACAUGUCAUGCCUCCGCUGACGCAUGUGGGAAUGCAACAUCGUCAUGUUCAGGUCACGGAGCCUGUGUCGAAGCCCACAAAGCUGGAAGGACCUGUUUCGUAUGCGCAUGUGCACCUACCCGUGAUGAUGCAGGCCGUGUCCAGGAAUGGGCAGGGGACGCCUGCGAAAGAAAGGACGUUAGCUCCUCCUUCGUCCUCAUCACGGGCACCGUAAUCGGCAUCAUUCUUGUCAUCUUCGGUUCCGUAUCUCUUCUCUACACCGUAGGCAACCAAGAACUUCCCUCGACACUUGUCGCAGGUGCCUCAGGACACGUAAAGCGUGAUUAAAUUUUGCAUGUUAAUCUUUCCUUACAUGACAAUACCAACUUGCAUAAUUUAUUGUCCUUGCAUUGUUUAUAUCGCAC